AUGCCUGAAAAAAACGAAGUGAUGGGCCUUUCAUGGGAACCUAAACUACCCGUGUUUUCAUCUGCAUCCACUUCUGCAACUGGCUCUACCAAAACCGGGAAUUCCGUAUCCAAUAAUGCUGAAACCAGUGCCCUCUACAAACCUAGUUCGGAGCUCAUUGACGGCCUCUUUGUUCCUCCGAACGACCCAAGAAGGCUCAAAAAAUUGUUAAAGAAACAAAUUAAAGACACUGCUGGAAAGAGUUGGUUUGAUAUGCCCGCGCCAGUUAUGACGCCAGAGCUCAAGAAAGAUCUUCAGCUGUUGAAGCUGAGGAGUGCCAUAGAUCCAACAAGGCAUUAUAAGAAGGGUGACUCGAAAUCAAAAACACUUCCCAAGUAUUUCCAGGUGGGCACUGUGAUAGAGUCGGCAGAAGAGUUCUACACAGGUAGACUUACUAAGAAGGAGAGAAAAGCAACCCUUGCUGACGAGCUGCUCUCUGAUCGUAACCUUGGUGCAUAUAGGAAACGCAAGGUCCGAGAGAUUGAAGAAGUGAAUAGGCCUGGUGGGGUGGCCAAGUGGAAGAGAAGUGGCAGGAAGCGAAGCAAGCAUGCGAUGGCUGGAAAGAAAAAAAGGCACUGA